CUUUUCAAUGGAAGUUAUCAUUAUGUAUAUUUCAAGCUCAAUAUCUUAUCUUUCAAUCAAAUUACCACAAGAAAAUAAAGAAAUUCGACCUUCGGAUUACACAAUUUUUUUUAAACUCCUCAACAAAUCUUGAAUUGCAUGUUAACAGACUGCAUAUUUGUUUAAGCUGCUGGUCCUUGUGUUAAUCUCGAACGAAUAACUGAUUAACCUGUCAAAACCUUUCAGUGUGAAAUGUUGACCAUGUGACUGGUUUUGCCGUCUGGUCGUUUUUGAAAAGGACAUGUUGCUGCACUUAUUUUGUGUAAAUUAUAAUUAGAUUUGUCCUUAUUAGAUGUUCACAGGUGUAACAGUGUCUUGUCUUGCCUCUUCAUCUUGUACUUGGACUCCAUGUGCUGAGAAAAGCCUUUGUCAACCUCAAAAAUUUGUUUAGUGUCUUGUGCUUAGUAGACAACAACAUUGGUCUUUUCCUCUAAAUGUUAUCUUAUCUCAUUUAUUAUGUGAAUAUGAUUUAUGCAGGGACUAUGUAAUCUAACUCUUUUUGUACUUGAGAGAAGAAGCUGAAGUACAUUUGUUCAUCAUUUGGUUUUAUAGUAUUAAUAACUGCCAAACUCCAGAGCUUUAAGAUGUAUGACUCUCAAGUUUUGAAAUCUAAAUACAACCCAUUUCUCAGACGUUCGCAUUCUGGAAAGAAAUUUCAGGGCACAGUUACCAUGUCAGAGGGCAGAGAAACUUGCGAAGAAUCUACGAGUGGUGAAUCUUUUCCAUAUAGAUUUCAACUUGAAGAGGAUGUAAAAAGAUUGCAACUGCAACUCCAACAAGAAAUAGAUUUGCAUACAUUUCUAGAGAGUGUCAUGGAGAAAGAUCCUUGGGAGCUAUCUUAUUCUUCUAGUGUUCCACAUCCUGCUCAGGAACUUCUCUCCAAUAUAGUGACGCUAGAGACUGCAGUCACUAAGCUCGAGCAAGAAAUGAUGUCACUGAAUUUCCAACUUAGCCAAGAGAGAAACGAGAGGAGACUCGCGGAAUACCAGUUGACACAUUCGGCUUCUCCACUAAAUUCUUCUUCUUCCCUAAGAUAUUUGAAUCAGUCAGAUUCUGAAUUACAUCAAUCAGCAGAAGACAGUCCAUCUCAAGACCAAAUAGUCCAUUACCAAGAAUCUUCAUCUGAAUCAUCUCCAGCAGAGUCAACUGUUGAGCAAACACUGGACCCAAGUAAUGACUUUCUUGAAAAGAGGCUAAUGAGAAAGACAAAUGCGAGGAAGCUACCUCGAGGAAUGCCACCUAAGUACCUGUGGGAUCAACCUAAUCUAUUAUCUGAAGAAAUGGUGAGAUGUAUGAAGAAUAUCUUCAUGUCUCUUGCUGAUCCAACAGCAACUUCAAAAGCUUCCUCAAACGAAAGCCACCUCUCACCAGUAUCACCUCGCGGGCAUCUAUCAAGCUCAGCAUCCUGGUGGCCUUCAACAGAACGGUCAAUGAUCUCCUCAUGGGUGCAAAGCCCACAAAUAGAUAUCCAAAAUAACGCCAAUGUUUUGGCCACAGGAGAUGUCUUUGAUCCUUAUAGAGUUCGUGGGAAGUUAAGCUGGGCGGAGAUUGGGAACUACAGUUUGGCAUCCGAGGUUUCUUGGAUGUCUGUAGGGAAGAAACAGCUGGAGUAUGCUUCCGGGGCAUUGAAGAAGUUCAGGACACUGGUUGAGCAAUUGGCUAGAGUAAAUCCUAUUCAUUUAAGCUGCAACGAGAAGCUUGCUUUCUGGAUUAACCUUUAUAACGCGUUGAUAAUGCAUGCUUAUUUGGCUUAUGGCGUCCCAAAAAGCGACCUGAAGCUUUUCUCGUUGAUGCAAAAGGCAGCCUAUACAGUUGGAGGGCACUCAUAUACUGCGGCGACAAUGGAAUAUGUGAUACUGAAGAUGAAACCGCCUAUGCACAGGCCACAAAUUGCUUUGCUUCUUGCCAUCCACAAGAUGAAAGUAUCAGAAGAACAGCGCAGGGCAAGCAUUGAUACACAUGAACCUCUUCUCGGCUUUGCUCUAAGCUGUGGAAUGUACUCUUCACCUGCGGUGAGGAUCUACUCUGCGAAAGGAGUGAAGGAAGAGAUGCUAGAAGCACAAAGGGACUUCAUACAAGCAUCGGUAGGGCUGAGCAGCAAAGGGAAGCUCUUACUACCCAAAAUGCUCCAUUGUUAUGCCAAGAGUUUGGUGGAGGAUUCGAACUUGGGGGUCUGGAUAUCAAGGUACCUUCCUCCACAUCAAGCUGCUUUUGUGGAGCAAUGCAUCUCUCAGAGAAGACAAAGCCUUCUCGCUUCACGGAACUGCGGAAUACUCCCCUUCGAUUCUCGUUUCAGAUACCUGUUUCUCCCCGACGACAACACCUCGUUGUAAUAACAGUUCAAAGACUCUCUUCUGUUGUAAAAAAAGCUUUAACCGACCUCAUAAGAACGAACAGUGAGAGGAGGCUGUUUCAUGAUCAUGGUUACUACUAUUAUUCCAACAUAGCUUUUGGCUUAUAGUGUACAUGUUAUUCAGGAUAUGCAUAUUAAUUCUGAGAAGUCUCAAUAUGUUGUGUUUCAACUUUCUUUCAGAAAGACAUAAAUGGAAGAGUUGAGACUAGUCAUCUAUUUAAGUGCGAG